AUGAGAAGCACUUCUCAGGCUAAAACUCCCGGACAAAUGCUGCGGGCAAGACUGGAAGAUGGAGUUCUAGCCACUCUUAGACUUUCAGCCAAAGUCAAGUUCCCAGAACCUUUUUUGAUUCUGAAUCGACUUUUCCCUGUAAGGAAAAUAGCUUUGCAAGCAGCUUUAGUUAAGGGUGAUGCUGCAGAAGCAUUUCCCACAUCUAUGGCUGCCUUAUGCUACAUGAUUACUCCCAGUGUGCUGCGAUUAGACAGCGAAGAGACAAUCAUAGUGAACAGUCAUGGCUAUACAUUUGAUGCUGAUGUGAUUAUCCAAGAUUUUCCCGGGAAGAUAUACAAUUUUAUUCACAAAAGGGUCUCUGUCAAUUAUGGUAAUGGUUUCCUGGGAACAGUUAAAUUGACGAUUCCCUCAGAAAAAGUGCCAAGAACCCCAAACAAGAAACAGUUUGUCUAUGUCACUGUGAGGUCCUCCCUCUGCAACCUGGAGAAAGCCAUCUUGACGUCCUUUCAAAGCGGAUAUAUUUUCAUACAGACUGACAAACCCAUUUACACUCCGGGAUCCAAAGUUCUUUACCGAAUUUUCACAAUGGACCCAAACAUGAAUCCUAUGAAGAAGUCAGUGGACGUGGAAAUCUCAACCCCGCAGAAAAUGAUUGUAAAAAAAGAGUUUAUCAAGAAUGAAAACGAUACUGGCAUUAGCAGCUUGUCCUAUCAACUAAGUGAUCUAGCAAGUUUGGGAGAAUGGACCAUCUCAGCAAAGUAUCAAGGCACAGAUGUGCAGAAUUAUGCCACAAACUUUGAAGUGAAAGAAUACGUCUUGCCAAGUUUUGAGAUCAAGCUCCAAAAACGUCAAAAUUUUUUCUACUUGAAUGAUAAAGACUUUAAUGUGACAAUCUUUGCAAAAUUUAAAUGCUUUGAAAGUACGUUUCUUAUUAGUCAUUACUUCCUUGACCUUCCUAUUAAGCCACAUCGGUUUGAGUUUGGUACUCCGUCGUUUGCUGCCCAUGGGAAUGAAUUUGUCAAUAUUGCCAUGUACCUAUAUGGGAAGCCUGUGAAUGGAAAGGCAUUUGCACUGUUUGGCUUAAAGAAAGACAAUGAAAAGAAAAGUAUCACAGAAUCUCUAAAAAGAAUUCCGAUAUCACAAGGUGAAGGUACUGCCACUUUGGAAAGGAAAGACCUAGUGAAGUACUUCCCCAAGGCAGAAGACAUGCUGCAAUGGAGGCUGUAUCUGACUGUCACUGUCAUCACUGACGCAGGCAGCAAUAUGUUGCAGUCUGAGCUGGAUGAUAUUUAUAUUGUGACCUCUCCGUAUAAAAUUCUCUUCACAAAAACAUCCAAAUAUUUCAAACCCGGAUUGCCCUUUAACUUUAUGGUAAUUGCCCACAUGCCGUAUUCUGCAUAG